AAACAUUUCGUGUAACCCUUGAGAUGUUCUUCUGAAGCCAAAAUCUAUCAUGAUUGUUCUCUUGUGGGACGAGCAAAGAAGGUGAAUCCCACCUUGUUGAAUGGAAUGAGAGAGAAGGAGCCGUCAAGAAGACAUACUCUGGUUUUAGGAAACGGUCACUGGGUGUGGUGCAAUUUGAUAGAAGGAAUCGUUUCUUAGCUGCUGAUGAUGAGUUUCAGAUUAAGUUUUGGGACAUGGAUAAUAACCACGCGAUAACUUUCACCGAUGCUGAUGGGGGAUUGCCUGGAAGUCCUAGCCCGAGAUUCAACAAAGAAGGAUCACUGCUUGCUGUUACAACAAGAGAAAAUGGAAUCAAAAUAUUGGUGAAUACAGAUGGACAAUACUUGUUGAGGAUGCUGGAGAGCAGAACAUUCGAGGAAUCCAGGGCUUUCUCUGAACAAGUCAAUCCUGCAAUUGAUGGUUCUUUGGGCCCUAUUGGUCAUGUUGCUGCCCCUGUUGCUUCAAUUCUUGAACGAACCGACAGAAUUCAACAAUCAUUAUCCAUUGGAAAUCUUGCUGCCAUGGAUGGAAGCACAAUAGCUGAUGUCAAACCAAGGAUUUCAGAUAAUGCUGAUAGAAUUAAAUGCUGGAAGUUUUCUGAUAUAGCUGAGGCAAAUCAACUCAAGACGCUAAGGUUGCCUGACCCUCUGGCUGCUAGCAAGAUUUUGCGUUUGCUUUACACAAAUUCUGGUCUUGCUCUGUUGGCGUUGGGCUCUAAUGCUCUUCAUAGGCUCUGGAAAUGGCAGCGCAGUGAACGGAAUCCUUCUGGAAAGGUUGGAUUUUCAGCAUGUUGUUUCCACUUCUGUUCUCUUUUCCUUCGGUUUAACCUUAUCUCAUAUAUCCCAUUUUUUGUAUCUUCUUUCUUCCGUGUUGUAUGUUCUGCGCAUAUCAGUCUAUUGCAUCCAUCAUUCCUCAGAUGUGGCUUAGAUUGAAUAAUUGACUUUGUUUUUUGUACAAAGAUUCCAGACCAUACUUCUUAUUUGGGACCACUAAUUCCAUGAAUUUUUGCACUUGUGUUAUCCCAACUGAAAUCCCUUUGUUGUAUGGUU